AUGCCGUCGUUACACGACCGUCAUGUCUACAUAGACACGGGAUACGAUCGUCAGGAGCACGACUUCUACGAGAACUUGUUCAUGUCGGAGAAGAUCGUGGACGGCCACGUCAAGCUCGCGCUGCCCACGGUCGAGUCCAGCGAGGACGAGGAGGAAGCGUGGAGCAAGUGGGAGGCCGCCAACCACCGGCGGUACCAGCACGAGAAGGAACUGGCGCGCAGGAGCGGACGAUCGCCGAGCGGGUCAUCGUCCAAGUCCCCGUCCAUGUCGGGCAUCCUCAGGCAGAAGAAGAGGCCCGAGUCGCCGGUGGGUAGGCGGGGACCGAGGGCGCGAAACGACCCGUCGUACGCGGCGCUGCUCGAUCGCCGAGACCAGAACACGCGGAAGGUGUGGGAGGCGAAGAUGAAGGCCGGGGACGACGACGAGGAAACGACGCGGGGAAGGUCGCCGGGGAAGCUCGGCUCCAAGACGAAAACCCCCUCGAAAGCCUUCGACUCCUCCGACGACGAGAACUACCCGAGCGCGGGUGGAUCGGGCUCGGGCUCGCGCGGACGAUCAAGGCAGCGGGGGGGCAUCGUGCGCGAGGCGCUCGCCGCGCAGCUCGCGGAAUCGCGCCAGCACCUGGCCACGACGGGGGGGUACAGCCCGACGGAUCUCGCCCCCCGCCUCGCCGGCGCGGUACCGGCGCCGUCGCCCCGAAGGCGCCCCUCCUCCGCGCCCAGGUCCAACGCGUCCCCCGGGAGUUCUCUCGUCGUCCCCCGCGCCACGUACUCGCGUGACUACUCGCAAUCCCCCGGGCGGCGAUCGUCCGACGGCACGUGCGUCCCGGAGGAUGACGAGAUCGCGUUUGGCCGUCACGCCACCUUCGAGGGUCGCGCCGCUCGCGAGCGUCGGCGCGAGGCGCUCGGCAUACCCAAACCGUCCAGGCGUCCGUCGAACGCCACGACGACGUUCGACCCCCCGCGUUUACACACCGCGUCCCGUCCCCGCGAGCGCGAGGAGAACAGGGCGGCGGAGGAGGAGGCGUGGCGAAGGCGGGCGAUGGUCGAUUACGUCGUUCGCACAGCCGUCGGGUACGGCGUCGACGGCGAACCGAGGGCGACGCACUGGGACGACCCCAUGCUCGCCGCCGCGGAACAGGCGGCGGCGAACGUGAGGGAAGCGACGGGGGACGAGGACGCGGCGAGGGCGGCGGCGCGGCGGGCGGCGGCGGCGGCGGCGGCGCUGGUCAACGCGGCGGGCGGGGGGCACUCGCCGACGACGCGCCACGUGUCCCGACACGCCGCUCCGCGCCUGGCGCUCCCGCCGCCGGCGGAUGACGGAUCCGACGACUCCGGGAGCGAAUACGGGGAUUUCGAGCGGGAGCUGGCGAUCGCGGGCGGGCAACGCGGCGCGCUCGCCGUCAGCGCCGCGAGGAAGCCCCCGGCGGCGCACCCGCGUGUGGAGCCGCGGCGACACUCUCGGCAAAACUCUCGACCAUCCUCCGCCUCUCGGCAAAACUCUCGACCAUCCUCCGCGGGGCGGUUCCUCCGUUCGGGCAAGGGCGGCGCCGGCAUGAGCCGCGGUCGAUCGGUCGCCGCGAUGGAGGAGGAGGUCGACCCGGCGCACGCGGCGCGUCUGCGCGAGAGCCUCGAGAACGCCAACGGCAUCGCGCAGGCGAGGGCACUCGCGGAGAAAGCCGAGCGGGAGGCGAGGGUGGGAAUGGCCGCCGUCGCCGCGCGGCAUCGAGCGGCGGAACGGGCGGAGCGUUCACUCAGGUCAUCCCCGGUGAAGAGCGCCGUGAAGCAGGCGCUGGGGGCGCGGCUCGCGGAAUCCCGGCGGUACGUCGCGGCGCACAAGACCCCGGCGCGCUCGCGGCUCGAGGACAGGCCGGACUUUGACCUCAACUUCACGGCGCGUCGGUCCGAAGAGACGCCGGGCCGCGAGGCGUUUUCCCCGAUCGCCGUGCGUUACCCCGACGGCUCCCCCGGCGCGUCGUUCAACGUGGCGGACGAGGCCGCCGCGGCGAGGGCGAGGGCGCGGGAGCUCGCGCUGGAGGCUGCCGCGGCGGCUGAGGCGGCUGAGGCGGCGAACAGGCGGUUGGCGGCGGCGGAGAUGAGCGUCGUUCGCGUCCGUAAUAAGCGCGUGCCGGUGUUCGACCCGAGGACGAGGUACCGCGGCACCCCGGGCGGCACCCCGGGCGGGGGCGGGAGCGCGGGUAAGAGGCACGGGCUCAGCUUGGUGCGCGAGAGCCUCGGGUCGUUUUUGUGA